UCAAAUAUCCAGUCCAGUGAAAUAUCCUUGUAUACAUCGAUGGCAUAUAAUGUCAAAUUACCAACGUGGGGACUUUUUUGUAUUAUCAAAUGCUAUAUUAACUCAAAUAUCCAUCCCAGUGAAAUGCUCUAUGUUAUCACACACAUAAUAUAUACAUGUAUAUCUAGCAUUCAUCUCCCAAAUACCUAACCAAGUAAAUUACUCUAUGUAAUAAAUGUUAAUAUAAAAUGCCAUAAAUAGCUUACCACCUCACUCACACUAUAUACAUUGUAGUAACUAAAAUGUAUAGAACGCUUUACCGUUAUAUGGUUAUGAAUACCACGAAAACAUUCUACGUCAUGCUUCGCGGAAAACAAAACAGGAACUACAUUCAAUUACAAUCAGACAAGUGAGUGACCCGGGUCGUAAAGUUUUAUACAAUCAGUAUGGCUGACAAAACGGACUCAAGCGAAAAGGUUGCUCAACAUCAUACCAACAUGGUAACGAAGCUUGGGGGAUUGUUUGCAACUAAUUCCAGCCAGUGGCACUCGAUUCGCAGUCAAUUUGAAACGUUGGGUCACAUCACAACAGCCGAUAUGGGUCAUGUAAAAUGCAUGUUUGAUUUAUGCAAGUGCUUAAAGGCUAAUGGCAUAAUCCACUACGGUAGAUACAAAACGUUAAGGGACGUUCUCUGUACACAACAUGUGGAAGCAGGUCAUAUAAUUGACACGUACACGAAAUUGAUCAAUCAGGAAAACGAAGGUAAGGGUAGAGAAAAUAACGACGAGCCACAGCCGAUGUUCAGUGGGAGAAAUAGUGCGGACAGAAAGAGAAAACAGGGACCCAGUGGUGACCGGGAUCAGGGAGAUGAAUCCAAGCCUAGCAAUGAGAAACGGAUCAAAGUUGAUGAAGAAGACCGUCGUUAUCAGUUUAGAAAACAGAUGGACAAUACCCACGACGCAAGAAUAAUUGACGUGUGGACGCGUGCAAGACACGCUGUUGGACGCAUCAGAGGGUCACUUUCCACCGGAACAGGGAUAAGAGUUGGUACCAAGUACAUUCUCACCGCCUACCAUGUCGCUGCAGACAUAACAAAACAAAACAAAUCUGACGAGGUCGACUGGUCAAAGCUUGAUUCCGAACAAGUUUGGAUCGAGUUCCAUUUCCCCAAAAACAGCGCCAGUCACAAAUUUUACUUUGAACCAGAGUUGAUAGCAGGUGACCAGGACCUUGAUUUUGCAUUAUUAGAAUUGAAACCGGCAUCUUUUGAAAUCCCAAAACCAUUAGCAAAGUUUAGGAAACCAGACAACAGUCAAUUAUUUGCAUUGCUUGGUCACCCGGCAAAACCGAAUAGUGAAAUAAUGCAAUUUGAUUCUAAUAUUGAACUUUUUGAUCUGGACGCUGAUGAAAAUAGCAAUCGACGUGGAUAUAUGAUGAAAGAUGACAAAGAAAACUCUGGGUAUGAGGGAAUUCGGGACAAAAGGAAAGUUCUGUUUGACUGUUGGGUCCAGCAUGGAGCAUCCGGGUCACCUGGAAUCGUUAUGAGAAACGAUGACGAAGAACCGAUCUGCACUUUGAUGUUGGUGAGAGGAUUCCCGGAACAGGCAUUCUCAGAAAAUAGCGAUAUUCCACACGACAAAAUGAUUGAGCAAGGUGUUACUAUGGAGGCAAUUGCUAAGAAAAUAGACAGUAUGGGAAAGAGCGCCAAAAGUCUGAAAAUAGACAUAUUUGGUGAACAUUUUCCAUAACACUGAAAAAAGAAAGUGGACUUUCUAGUGCCUUUCUCAUUGUGUGUCACGUGACCACAACUUGUGGCACAAUCAGAUCAAAGGUGCACUACGCCAGAAAUCACGAGUCGAGUACAUUUUCGAUAACUAUGAUUUUGUAUUUUUCUUUGAAUUAAUAUGUCUUCGUAAUUUCUCUAAUAAUUGAAACUACAAAAACCUUACAUAGGAAACUCAUCUUUUAGAAACCGUAGCAUAUAUUUUUUGAUAUUUUUUUUUUAAAUCCCUUUUACAAUGAAAAAGAGGUUGAAAUAUUCUUUUAUGGGUCCAUAUUUACUUUUGAAAAUUAGAACACAGCACAGUUUGGACAUUUGGUAAGAUCGGGAUACAAAACUGCAGCAGUAGGUGCGAGUUAAAUAUUCUUUGGGCAGCUAAAUAUGUUGUAUCCAUGUCAUUGUGUUGGAUUUGUAAAUAAAGUACAUUUAUAUAUUUUA